GUGAUGAUGCCCAGGGACUCGAGGGGACCCUUUGGAUUCACCCGUUUGAAUUGGCCUCCGACCUGAGUCAAACGGGGAUGGGAGAUGGAAUCCAUCGUUUGAAUGCGCUUUAAAUUGCAAGAGAGGGCUUUCGUGCACUACCCUACCUCACAACCAUCCAACAUGGUCGCCCGUGUCUGCAAGCUCCUUAUCAAGGAUCCCGACCAUCCCAACAAAGUCUACCAUCAGUGGGCGACAACGAUUUCGCCUGGAACUAAGCCUGAAACGUUCAGGGGGGAUCUUCUCCCCGAGACGGACUCCACCGUCACUUACAAGCUCUCUGUGGACCCCGAGGACCCCGAGGACCCCGUGGAGUAUUAUUCGCCGGAGCAGGUUCUGGCGUUUGCUCUCGAGUACCUGGCCAGCGGCUCUGACGGGCCCGCCUGCCCCCUUCCCUGCGCCUCGUGGGAUGCGGAGAAGCAGAGGCUGACCCUCACCAUUGUGCGCGAGUCCAAGCAGGACCCCAUCAAGAAGCCCAAGAAGAGCAACGCGAAAGAGCCCAUCACUCGCGUGCGAACGCCGGACUCCGCGCUGUUCAUGGAGGCCGUCCGUCGCUUCUACCCCUUCGCCAAGCGCGGCCCUGGCGAAGGCCCCCGCCUGCUCAACACCAGACUGGCCGCCAAUGGCGAGUUGAAAAAGUAUUGGCAAGACAAGAUGGCCGCGGCCUACGCCUGGAGCCUGAAGCGAGGCAUCACGUUGUCGCGCGAAGACUUCCAGGCCGACUGGACAAAGAAGGCAACCGACUUCAACGCCAAGCGCACCACUUACGAGAAGACGACCGCAGCCGCCCGCGCUGUCAAGGACAGUGAGUCUGCUUUCUAAUUGUAUAUACUGUAUAAGCACCUUGCAAUGAGUGCGUUGAGAGACAUGCGCGAGAGGCAGACUUUGCGUCAGUUUGACCUGGACCUUCUGCUCCAUCCUCCAUCCUCCACCGCGUGCUUGCAGAGAACCAGCCCAAGAAUGAGCGUGGCUGGUACAAGAACGCAUGGCGCAGCCAGUGGGGCAAGAUGUGGGACGGCUACAAGCGCGACCCUGUGCGCUUCACGGCUGGCGAGAAGCAGACGCUGACGGAAGAGGAGGUCGGUCUUUGCAAGGAGCUUGAGUCUUUGCUGCCAAGCCGGGCUUCCGCGAGCGU